CAGCUUUCUCUAGGCACCAUGAUAUCGGCGUAAUUCUCGGAACAAAUCAUGUGGUAUCGUUGCAGAAUACAGCGGAUUGAUGGCCCAUGAGUACAAGACUGUACUCCGUUAUUAGCACAUGUACGAUGGAUCAUUGCUGGCCGGCAUGAGAAUUUUGAAGGGAUAUAUGUCUGGACGAAUCUCGCUACCUGUCAACGCUCCGAGCUAGGCUUGCAGGUAAGCAUUCUAUCAUGAACAGUGCGCGAUGCGACCGAUCUCCUUCACCAGCCCUUUCUUUUCCGAAACCAGAUCCAGCCACUUGUCAAUGUCCAGACCAUGCACCUUGUACAAGGCCUCCCGCCACGUCGAGAUGGAGCUGUCCAGCACCGGAUGUGUACGAAACCUCCCGUCCUUAAUACAAAAACCUACCGAGGAUCUGCUCAUUCUCCCUUUUAGGCGUGGUAACACGUACCACAAGUACGCACAGAUUACCGUCGACAGGCCAGACAGAUACGUUACAGGCUCUAUUAUGUCCCAUCCGUAAUCCCAGAAUGACAGACGCGCAACGAUACCUCAGUACGUAUGCCACAAGCAUCCCGAAUCCACCGAUCGCCAUACGCUUCGCACCACGCUGGGCCUCCUUAUCGCACGAGCUCCAAGAACAGCAAGUCGUAUGUAUUGAACUGAUACUGAACAAGCAAGAGGAAGUCCGAUCAUAGUAGUUACACUUGCUUUACCGGUGGAAAGCGUCAGCAUUCUUCCUAUAGAACUCGAUCUGUUCCGCUCGAUAGCCAUCUGUAAUGACAGUCAC